AUGGACAACCAUCCAGUAGAUCGUCCGGCCAAACGCCCUAAGAUAUCAUCUCAUUCAGAGCCAGAAAACCUCAAAAACUCAUCACUGUCUGACAUCGCCUCCCUCCGCCGCUCUAUAACACCCCCGCCGGCGCGUUCUGAGCGUCCCAGCGUCAGUACCACCUCGGUCAUUUCCCCGCACCAGCACUCAGAUCAAGACAUUAACAAGGCCAACGCUUCCCAAAUUAUACCCUCUCCUAUCCAACUAAACCAUAUCAGCGACUUCAGCGACUCGCUAAGGAACAAUGACGACACCGUCAAACUGCGGGAUAUCCUGGGUGACCCGCUCAUCCGCGAAUGCUGGCAAUUCAAUUACUGUUUCGAUGUGGAUUUCCUCAUGGACCAGUUUGAUGAGGAUGUUAGGAAUCUCGUGAGAGUGAAGGUUGUGCAUGGGUCAUGGAAGAAGGACUCCGAGAAUAGGGUGCGAAUUGAGAAAGCAUGCCAGCGAUAUCCGAAUGUUGAGCCCAUUGUGGCGUACAUGCCUGAACCGUUUGGGACGCAUCACUCGAAGAUGAUGAUUCUGCUGAGACAUGAUGAUUUCGCUCAGGUUGUGAUUCACACCGCGAAUAUGCUUGCCGGCGACUGGGGGGAUAUGUGUCAGGCAAUCUGGCGUUCGCCUCUACUUCCGCUCACGGACGGUCAUGAAGACAAAAAUUCUACUGCAUGGGGCACAGGGGCGCGGUUUAAGCGUGACCUACUUGCGUACUUGAAGGCGUAUGGCGUGAAGAAGACAGGCCCAUUAGUUGAGCAGCUUGGAAAGUACGAUUUUAGUGCUGUGAGGGCUGCUCUGAUCGCGAGUGUUCCUUCUAAACAGAAGGUCGACGCCUCGAGCAUUGAUGGCAAUAGUAAAACUAAAUGGGGAUGGCCGGCUUUAAAAGAAGCUCUGCGUAAUGUCCCCUUACGUGAAAAUGUAGGCGCUGAUGGUACAGCUACAGUCCCACAUAUUGUUACCCAGAUAUCCUCCAUCGCAACCUUAGGCCAGACGGACAAAUGGUUAAAAGACGUGUUCUUCAACGCUCUCGCCGCAUCCAGUUCUUCAACGAAGACCCGGCCGCGAUAUUCAGUAAUCUUCCCAACAGCCGAGGAAAUCCGGCGCUCGCUCAAGGGCUACGGCUAUGGCGGGUCCAUCCACAUGAAACUGCAAAGCGCCGCGCAGAAAAAGCAGCUCCAGUAUUUACGGCCAUAUCUGUGUCAUUGGGCGGGCGACGUAUCGGGGCAGGCCCCCAAGCGUCUACAGGACGCCGGCCGUCGUCGCGCAGCUCCACAUAUAAAAACCUACAUACGAUUCGCAGACCAGCAUAUGCGAAGUAUUGAUUGGGCGCUCGUCACCUCUGCGAACCUCUCAACGCAAGCGUGGGGAGCGGCCGCUAACGCGGCUGGCGAAGUGCGCGUCUGCAGUUGGGAGAUCGGGGUGCUAGUGUGGCCGGAGUUAUUGACUACAGAGCCGCAGGGACAGAGAAAGCACCAACAGCAGUCGAGGUCGGUGGCUAUGGUGCCGUGUUUCAAGAAAGAUAAACCAGACCCUUCGUCGAAGGUGGGCAAUGCAGCGCCGGCGGCUCUGAUCGGAUUUCGCAUGCCGUAUGAUUUACCGUUGACCCCAUACAGCACACAGGACGAGCCGUGGUGUGCGACCAUGUCUCAUAUCGAGCCCGACUGGCUUGGGCAAACUUGGAUAAACAGCAUAGCUUCAUUCCAUCAUCACGGUCAACUACCGUACUGGUAA